AUGGAUAAGAUCAUCCCCGACAUCCUCAAACCGCAAACAACGGCGCCGGUGGAGGAUCUGAGCUCGAAGUUUGGUGGAGACGGUCCUAUCAUCUCAGACGUCCUUCCCAAGACUAAGGGCAUCAAUAUCUUUGCCCGGUUAACCCGGGACUUCGAACCAAUCGACUCUCGUCUCAGCGAUGCCUCGAAGAAUAUAACGGUGCUGGCGCCUCGCAAUAGUGCAAUCCAGGCUCUUCCACGGAAACCUUGGGAGAAUCCAGAGGAUUACAGGAAAUUUGGUGAAGUAAACGCAUAUGAAGGUCAAGAUGGCCAAGAUCGGGCAAAGCGGAACCUAAAGCAAUUCGUGGAGGCUCAUUUGGUUGCUGCUAGCCCUUGGAGGGCUGGGGAAGAGGUUGAGACACUUGCAGGGGAGAAGCUGAAGUGGACCAAGGAGGGGGAUAAAAUACUUAUCCAACCGGGCAAUAUUGAAGUUGAUUCCGUUGCAGAGAAGGUCUCAAACGGAGAAGUCUGGAUCUUGAACGAUGUUAUCAAUUACCGUCAAGAGUGA